AUUCUGAAAUUGCUCACCUGUUGGAUAACCGCGCAAGAAAGUGUCAUAGCUCUUUUGCUAUCAAUAUUAGGAAACCAUCUUCUCCCAGUUCUCUGCAAAUUAGCUCUGAGCAUGCUAAUAUUCGAAUCCAUUUGCAUAAUUUUUUAGACUAUGGAUACACGAUGGGUCACGGUCCAAGUUUUUGUAUUCCUCUUCUCGUCAUUCGCUGAUGGAUUCAAUUAUACGACGAAGAAUUUGCACGACGAAUGUCACACUGCGGAGCGGAUAAUCUAUCUGAACUGUCCCACAUCGGUAACCGGAAGUGCAGGGACGAUAAUAUUUAAACCAGAAACGGUGGCUAAUAUUGCUGAUGGCUGUGCUGUGACGGUGAAAGCCAGGGAAGGCUGCACGGGAGACAAGAACGACGAAUACGCCAUCUACAUCAAUAUCAAAGCGUCGCAUCUACCCCAUGAUUCAGAAAUGAGUAUUUACGACGUCAAAGAAAGCAGCCCGAAAACGUUAGAAAAACGCUGGAGCGGCGCUCCAUUAGGGCAGAAUAUUAACCCGACUUCCGUAGGACAGACACUGUCCUUCUGGGCCCGAGAACCAGCCCUCUCCGUGGAGUAUGCACACAACCAGCUGUCAGUCAAUGCCUCGCACCAAGUCAUCCUGGAUUAUGUUAUCGUGGAGCAUUACGGCGGGGACCACAACACGUGGUGUCAUGCACUGAUGGGAUACGUCAGCAACGAGUACAUCUGCGAUACGCAGGAUGACCGGGUCAGCUGUCCCUCCCGGUAUACCCAUUCUGUUAACAAUAUGGAACCGGCGACAGAUCGACAAUCUUGCACUGCCGGACUGACCGGAGGAGAAAUUGCCGGCAUCGUCAUUGGCUCAGUCAUUGGUGUGGCGAUUCUUGCCGGCAUUGCAGUGGCAUGCGUCAAGAAAAGCCGCAAACGGACAAUCAAGUCGAAUCGAAAACCACGGUGUCUUUUACGAAUAAUGCGCAUUCUUCUGGAAGUCGUGUCACGGUAAAUCCUUGAUCUGGAUUUACCCUUAUGCUGCAGAUCUUUCAAAUAACUUCCUUACACAUUGUGACAGUAGUGUAGGUGGAUACCGAUGCGCAGUUGUAAUUGUGUAAUAAUCUGUAUCCAAAUUUUAUUAUCUGAAUUUCGGCAUUUUCACGGGUGAAGAUUUUCAUACGUUUCUUCGUUUUAUACGUUUUUAUACGUUUCUUCGUUAAAGAGGUGGUUGUUUGCUCAAAAUAACAGAAUACGAGAAUAACAGAAAGCUCAAAAUAACAGAA